AUGAGUAGAAAAGGAGUUACAACCAAAAGAGUGAAGACUGUCCAGACGGCUCUAUCGAGAAUCAGCGCCCAAACCGCGCAGUCCGGCUGGCCGAGAAACGUGUUCCGCUCGGCCAAAACAUCCGUCCGUCUGAAGUCUCGGCCAAAGUCCAAACCAUCGGCCGACGCAUCACGACCCGGGAAACAUGUCCCGCGGUCGGCCAGCCAAACCACUCACGCCAUGCCGCGCACGACCAUGCCGCGCGAGCCGGGAACAAGCCUCGCGGCCGCGCAACCUUCUCGCGUACCACGGCCGAUGCGCCGUCCGAGCCGGGAAAGACGUCCCGCGUCCGGCCGAGAAACAUCGGCCAAAUCUCAUCCCGUCCGACCACGCCGACCACCGCGAAUCCGUCCGGCCACGACCGUUCCGACUCGACCACAAUGA